UGUUGCAAUAGUAAAUUGAUAAGUUAUUUAUAAAAUAUACGUAAACUAAUUUCUUUGGAAAACACACGAUAAAUUCAUUUUGAACGGAAUCUUUAAAAAGGUAGAAACAUAUCACUUUCAACCCCUUUCGUAAAUAAACAAAAAGCUAAUUUCAGAGCAUGAGAAAUUUAUUGCAUAUUAAUUAAACAUACCUAUUUAUUGCAAGUAUCUUUACGUUUCUUUUAAAAUAAUGAUUAAUAGGUCCGAGAAAACUUCUGUAUUAAGAUAAAGAGUGCAGGAGAAAGGUCGGUUAACAUAGUUUAUUUGUUAAAUCGGACAGUAAAGUCUGUUUCGGACAGUAAAUAUUGCGCCGAUUCAAAGCGGGAUUUCAUAGUACACCUACGAGUAGGUAUCUAUGAUAAAACGUCGUGCGCAUCAAAAGUGGAUCGAAGAUUUAAGACAUAAGGCCGUAAAUAGCAUAAUCAUUUGUAUAUAGGUACUAGUUUUAGUGCGAAACUGGGUUCCAUAGUAAACGACCUACACACACACACAUAAUCAGUCGUCUCGUAUCAUUUGAUUCUACUAAAAAAAGUUCUAGAUAAAAUAUCUUGUAUUAUUUAUUGAUUCCAUUCAGUUAUCAUUUGUGUUGCAAGCAGUAAGCAUGAUUCUUGUCUUGCUCGCGUUACUAGCAAUUCUUGGGUACUAUUUCGGUACUCGGAACCACGAUUACUGGGCCAAGAGGAACGUUAAGCACGACCCGCCCGUGUUCAUGUUCGGAAACAACUUCAAGGGCUUCUUCGGACGGCAAAGCUUUACAGAGGUAGCUAACGACUUAUACAACCGGUUCCCUAACGAGAAAGUGGUCGGAUACUACAGAGGAUCUACUCCCGAGUUGUACAUAAGAGACCCAGGUAUAGUGAGGAAUAUAUUAAGCAAUGAUUUUGCGUAUUUUUAUCCACGAGGCCUCGGAAGGAAUCCGGAGGUGGAACCGUUGCUGGCGAAUAUGUUUCACGCAGACGGCGACCUGUGGAAGCUGACACGGCAGCGGCUGACGCCAGCGUUCACCACCGCGCGGCUGAAGGCGAUGUUCCCCCUGGUGGUGCGGUGCGCGGAGCGGCUGCAGGGCGUGGCGCGCGCGGCCGCGGCCCGCCCCGGCGCCUGCGACGUGCGCGAGCUUAUGGCGCGCUUCACCACCGAGUUCAUAGGCGCCUGCGGCUUCGGCGUCGAGACCGAUUCCCUCGGCAGCGAAGACUCACACUUCAGAAAAAUCGGCAGGUUGUUAUUUGCCAGACCGCUUCCAGUCUUAAUUAAGCACAUGGUGUGGGAAUUAUUCCCCCCGCUAAGGUCCCACAUUCAUGUAGCCGAUCAGAAACUCGAAGACGCUUUUUUAAAUUUCGUUAAGAAUAUUAGAGAAGUUAGACAGUGCAAGCCCUCCGGACGCCAUGAUUUCAUAGACCUCCUCCUGGAACUAGAAAGCAAGGGAAAAAUCGUAGGCGAAUCAAUUGAGCACUACAAACCAGACGGUACACCUGUGACUGUGGACGUGGAUAUGGAUUUGAAAAUGAUGACGGCCCAAGUGUUCGUAUUUUUUGCCGCGGGUUUUGAGACGUCCUCAUCGGCCACAAGUUAUACUUUGCACCAGCUCGCAUUUAAUCCUAAAUUACAAUUAAAAAUACAAUUGGAGAUUGAUGAAGUGCUUCUGAAAUAUGAUAAUAAGUUGUGCUACGAUGCCGUGGCGGAGAUGAAGCUGCUAAGCAUGGCUUUUAAGGAGGCGAUGAGGAUGUUUCCAUCUCUGGGCGUAUUGAACCGUGUGUGUGCUCGGCCUUACACGUUCUCCGAGCUGGGACUAACCGUGGGCCCCGGAACGAGGAUCGUAAUCCCGCUGGAAGCACUGCAGAACGAUGAGAAAUACUUCGACAACCCGUGGGAGUUUCGGCCAGAGCGAUUUAGUCCCGAAGAAGUAAAGAAGCGACAUAAAUUUGUUUAUUUGCCCUUCGGUGAUGGACCUCGAGCAUGCAUAGGAUCACGACUGGGCGAGAUGCAGUCGCUGGCCGGGCUGGCGGCGGUCCUGCAUGCGUGCAGCGUGGCACCGGCUUCGACCACAAAGCUGGUGCCGCCCCUGGACUCGCGGUCUAACAUCGUGCAGGCUGUCAAGGGAGGCCUACCGCUCCAGCUUACUGUUAGGGGCCAAUGAGUCGGAAUGAAGAUUGAAAAAUGUGGAAAAGCGCACAUAAAUAAGCUUGAAACUACAAUAA